AGAGAGGGAGACACAGAUUCCGAAGCAGGCUCCGGGCUCUGAGCUGUCAGCACAGAGCCUGAUGAGGGGCUUGAACCCACAGACCACAAGAUCAUGACCUGAGCCGAAGCCAGACACUUCAUGGACUGAGACACCCAGGUGCCCCGGCCUUGGGUGAUUUUUUAUCUGCAGUCAAACUUGACCUCCUUCACACUGAGGAGUCCCAAAUCUGUAUCUUCUACCAGACUUCUCCUAACUCCAAACUGCCAAAUCCAGACAUCCACUGAUCAUUUGGAUAUCCACUUGGAUGUUCUGCAGGCAUCUCGAACUCACUAUCUCCUCAACUGCACACAUUACAUUUCUCCACGAACCUACAUUCCAGAUCUAAUGAUGGAAAUCCUUAUCCAGUCGGUCGCCCAAGCACAAACCUGGCUUGGUUUCUGCUUUCCCUUCCUACAAGUGGGCAAGUGAGGUUUCUAGGCCAGGAGCGGGCGUGGGGGGGGGGUGGUCAGUGGAUAGAAAAUUAGGUUUGAUGAAGAGUGGACAGUCACAGAGGAAUAUGCAAAUCCCUAGGAGAAGAUGACUGUGUUCUUUAAAACACUUAGAAAUCAUUGGAAGAAAACUACAGCUGGGAUCUGUCUGCUGACAUGGGGAAGCCAUUGGCUGUAUGGAAAACACUGUGAUAACCUGCUAAGGAGAGCCGCCUGCCAAGAAGCUCAGGUGUUUGGCAACCAACUCAUUCCUCCCAAUGCGCAAGUGAAGAAGGCCACGGUUUUUCUCAAUCCCGCAGCUUGCAAAGGCAAAGCCAGGACUCUAUUUGAAAAAAAUGCUGCCCCGAUUUUACACUUAUCUGGCAUGGAUGUGACUGUCGUUAAGACUGAUUAUGAGGGCCAAGCCAAGAAACUCCUGGAACUGUUGGAAAACACAGAUGUGAUCAUUGUUGCAGGGGGAGAUGGGACACUGCAGGAGGUUAUUACUGGAGUUCUUCAAAGAGCAGAUGAGGCUUCCUUCAGUAAAAUCCCCAUCGGAUUUAUCCCACUGGGACAGACCAGUAGUUUGAGUCAUACUCUCUUUGCCGAAAGUGGAAACAAAGUCCAACAUAUUACAGAUGCUACACUUGCCAUUGUGAAAGGAGAGACCAUUCCACUCGAUGUCUUGCAGAUCAAGGGUGCAAAGGAAAAGCCAGUGUUUGCAGUGACCGGCCUUCGAUGGGGAUCCUUCAGAGACGCUGGCGUCAAAGUUAGCAAGUACUGGUACCUUGGUCCCCUAAAAACCAAAGCGGCUCACUUCUUCAGUACUCUUAAGGAGUGGCCUCAGACUCAUCAAGCCUCUAUCUCGUACACGGGACCCACAGAGAGACUUCCCAGUGGAGCAGAAGAGACCCCUCCCCGGCCCUCUUUGUACAGGAGAAUCCUGCGAAGGCUCGCGUCCUACUGGGCCCAACCGCAGGACGCCCUGUCCCAGGAGCUGAGCCCCGAGGUCUGGAAAGAAGUGCAGCUGUCCACCAUUGAACUGUCCAUCACCACACGGAACAGCCAGCUGGACCUGACGAGCAAAGAAGACUUCAUGAACAUCUGCAUUGAACCCGACACUGUCAGCAAAGGAGACUUCAUAACCAUAGGAAGCAAAAAGGUGAGGGACCCCAGGCUGCGGGCGGCUGGCACCGAGUGUCUCCAGGCCAGCCAGUGCACCCUGCUGCUUCCUGAGGGCACGGGGGGCUCUUUCAGCAUCGACAGCGAGGAGUACGAGGCGAUGCCCGUGGAGGUGAAGCUGCUGCCCCGGAAGCUGCAGUUCUUCUGCGACCCCAGGAAGCGGGAGCAGCUGCUGCCGCGCUCGGCCCCGUGAGCGCCCAGGGAGCGGCGGCACCCCCGGUGGGACCAAAAGGGAGCAGAGGCCUCGGCAAGUACCCGCCCCUCCCCGCGGCCCCGGCCCGCCCCCCCCCUCGCCGCGCAUGCUCCUCCUUCCGUGUGACCACUGUCCCCCUCCGUGGCGCCGUCCCCGCCGGGGGCCCGCGUGCGGUGGAGGGAAAGGGGCCCGACCUCGCGCCGGCCCCCAGGUGCAGCCGGCUUCUCCAUGGGUGCUGCUGCUUUCUGAGCUCAGAUUCGAAUGUCGCUGGUCUCCGUCCUCCCCUCAGUCCGGAAACCUGUGAGGUGUUUCCCCCUCAGCCGCGAUGCUGUAAGAUACUAGUUUGUAUUAUUUUUUCCAGUAGCGCUUAAGUAUUGGUUUGCAUGAGAACCACCCGGGGGUGCAUGCCGAAAACCUAGCAACUCAAGCUGGGGGUGGAGCCCCGGGAUCUGCAUUUCUAAUUAAAAGCCCAGGUGCUUCUACUCCAUGCGGUCCCCCAGCCUUGCUGGUCAGUGUGGCAAAGCACACCAGCCACCGUUCACGCACCCCUACGAGUAUUUUGGAAGAUCGUGUAUCCCUCACACUUUCUAGAUAUCAACCUAAGAGUUGCCAGUAUGUGUAUUUCCUGGUGUCAUGUAAAUAUUGGUUAUUUUAAAAUAAAGCUGUUAUAUCACUCUUUUAAACAUAUUUGGUGCAAUUUAAAUAUACAGCAAUUUGACUCUCAUCCUCCAUUUACAAAAAUACACGAAUAGGUUCUUUGGUUAUUUCUAUACACUUUCAGCAAAGAAUGCUAUCGUGAUCUAUUUUCAUGCUUGAAAUUUUAUCACUUGCCCUAUUUUCUUGCCAACAAAAAAUAUAAAUGGAAAUUCUUUAGUGUUAACCCAGAACUAAUAUUGUUUUCAUCCAUUUUAUUUCAGUAAUUUUUAAUUACCAAAAAUGGAUACUAUAAACACUUUAUGAGAAUGCUCUUUAUCCUAACGAGUUCAAGAACACAUGUUACUUACAGCUUAGAACAGGACUCAACAUCAUUGAUAUUCCUUGUUCUUUAUAGAUCUAAGCACAUAAGCAGAAGAGAUGAUUCUAAUGUCAUACAUACAGUUCUUCGAAUUCCUCUGGAAUUACAUGUCAAAGAUUAUUAAUGAUCUUCCUUUAGUUUGUUGAAAGCAGAAACCAGAAACUGGCUGAUUUGAGAAGGAUUUGCUAACCAGGCUUUAUAGCCCUUUACUUUCAAUACUACCAUCGGGAUUUACCCUUUGGUGCCCCUGAGGUUUUCAGACUCCAGAAGGUGAUGCCCAGGUUGGAGGAGAUGUGAACCUUCCUCUUUGUAAAGAGGAAACAGGAGUGUAAAAGGGCAGAUGGGCAGGCCUUGGCUACAGGCACAUCCUUGGGCAGAUCAGUUUUAGGACCGUAUGUAUGCCUGUGCCCAUGAGUCCCUUGGAGAGUGAAGACUAAUGCUUCAAAGGAUUACAAAGCAGCUACAAAAAGCUCAUGAAUGAAGAUCACACAAAAAAACAAGGCUUACCUGUUCAGCUCUGUAUCCUUCAGAGUGGUGUUAAAAGCCGUGCUUUGGCCUCCAAAACCCUGCAGUGGAAGGAGGACCCACACCCUGGUGCCCACAGAGGGGAGCAGGGAUGCUGUGGGAGGAGGAAAAGUUUGUACGGGAGUGAGGAGCAUCUUACAUCAUCUUGGUUUUCUGAUAAGACUGUAAAGGACGAGCCCAGAAGCCGGCUCGCUCCCUCCCUGAUCGGCUACCAGCAUGUGUAUUUAUUUAGUGAAUCGGGUCCUUGCGGUGAAAUAGUGGGAUUUCAACUGGGGAAGGAAAUCGAAUAGAUUAAUAUCUGUAUUCGUUCUGAAAUCUAGGCUCCCUGGUGUGAAUUUUGCCUUCUUGAUUCAGGCUCUUUCCCGUGAGAACGUGGUUUCUUAUCGUUCAUGCUCUUUUUCCUUCCAUGGGCCUGGCGCAGAACAUCCAGGUGAAGGACACUCCUGUUAGGCACAAACCUUUUGAAAGACGAAUUUUACUCAAAAGCCAGAUUAUUUCUAAUACAAAUCCAGAUGCUUCCUAGCACACAAGUCUUUUGCUUGGUGCCAUGGCUGGUCUGGGCACAUGGCAGUCGUGACUGCGUGCAGUGCUUUGUUUACACACACAACAGAUUUGCCGUGUUCUCACCCCAUCCCUGGGAAGCCGGUAACAUCAUACGGUCAUGUGCCUUGGAAAGCAGGAACCUGGCGUCGGAUACAGCAUCAGUGAUGUUAGGAAUUUUACCCUUACACUCACUCCCCCAAAGGUUAAAAAUGAAAGAAAACUUCAGUGUGUGGGUGUAUAUAUGUACGCCCAGUCCUGGCUCUUCCGGACGGCAGGAUUCUUCCCAGCUUUGGUCCCCAUUACCUGGAGGAUGUUCAUGCAGACCGUGGCCUCUAGGAGAACAGGUACCAGGCGCCCCGGUUGCUCUGUCACUGUGACGUCCGCAUUCAGGUUCUGCUCCUACACUGGGCCAUCCCUCCUUCCUACCACAAACCACAUUUCUCGGGCCAGGGAAGGACUGAAACGCACACGUUCAUGUUAAAAUGUGAAUUUUAAUUGUAAAAAUUGUUUUCUGUAAAUAUAUCAACCUCUCUGCACACAACUUGGUUCCGAUAUAUACAGAUAUGAUAUACACAGAUGUUAUUUGUACCACAAAACAAUCAUUAAAGAAACAUUCACUCCUUGUAGCUUCAGGAUUAACACCAGCUUUCUUUAGGGCAUUAAAAUCAUUACCAUCAAAACAGAAGAACGUACCUAUGCGACUAGUAUUCAGGGUGAAAUUUAUCAACUGUCUUACUAACUUCAUACUAUGAGGUCAAGAAUUUAAACAAAAAUAGAUUCAGUGUCUCUUAUUGCUAGAACUCUUACGCCGGGGUAUUAAAAUAGGGGUUUGACAUUUAAGGCGACAGGGAGGCUAUAUUAAUCCUAACUUGGGAGAAAUAGGAAAACCAUUUUUCCAAGGCUACAACCAUUCCUUUUUCAGAAAAGGUUGACUUCCCACACCUAUAAAAAAAAAAAAAAAUGCAGCCAACAAGCUUGGGUAAAUAAGGAGGUUGAUUUUCUUUUCCUCUGUACCCCUGAAGUGUCCUAGCUGGUCUGCUCAACAGCACAGAAUUCAUACCUUUCCUCAUUAUGGUCUUUGUGGGCACUCAAGUCAAACUAUUCCUGAGGCCACCUUCCAAGUUUUUGUACACUUUUUAUCUUCGCUUCAUUUGGCCGAAGGAGGUUUUCACUCCAACGUCAAUGAAAUCUAUUUGCAACCAGCUAACUCUAUGACCUCUCUGGGGAUUUUUCAUUUUGUGGAUCCUCCCUGGCUAAUUUCUAAGGCCCUGCCCUACUCUACCCCUGCAUUCCCCAGCUGUCUUUAGAAAGCAGACUAAAUGUAUCGUUAGUCUAAACACGCCUUCUAAAGCCAACGUAAGUAAUUCACAUCUAUCCUUCCUUACACUACGGUAAGUAAAUACAUUUUCUGAAUUUCGAUUACGUUACUGCUAAAAGCCCAUCCUAUGCUGAGCUUCUGGAAUAACUCUAAAGAGGGCUUCCCCUCCCCCCCAUCAUUGUUUGUAAUCACUAGAAAAUUCUUACUUCCUUUCUAAAUGUGCAAUUUUACCCAACUGCCCCCGUCUUCCGGCUCCAGAGAGAAAGUGCCAGGCAGAAGACCACGCGGCUCCAGGAAGAGGCCUGCCUAAUGGGCCUCCUCACGUGAAGCAAGAGUUUCCCUUGAGGUCGCUGCCCGUGCCAUCCUCACGAAGACCCUCCCGUUCACCUCCCAGAGAGCGUGGCUAAGUCUCCCAGCACAGUGUCCUUAUUCAAGCUCAAAGACGAAUAAUGACACUUCUAUGGGGUUUCAGUUGCUUCCAAGUUACAAAACUUCUGUUUCAUCCAGGAUUCUAGUUUAGAGAUUUUCUUCUGUUUCCACAUCUGCAGACUUAAUUCAUCACAUAAUAAUAUCGACAUAAAAAUAAACUCCCAUUUCUCAUAAGAAAAACAGUAACUUAAUUCACAGUUAGCCUUUUUACCAACACUCAGUGCCCUAGCAGCUCCUGGGAACAGAGGUAUAUUAGUCAUCAGAUGGAAUCUUCGAAACCCACGGACUCAGGGGUAAGAGGAGCCCUUGACCCCUUCUCUUCCCCUACCUGAAAUCAGAGAAGGGUCUUCCUGAAACAAGAAGGGGCAGGUGGGGGCCAGCGGAGGUAAGCACCCCCGGCUCUGGAGGAGCCUCACCGCAGGGCACGAAGUGCGGGAAGACCCUGGGGCUGGACCUCAGAUCCUGAGCCCACUAGUGAGGAACUGGACAGGGAGGUGAAAGCCCCCGCAUGACUUGUUGGUCCCCAUGUUGACUUUCCUAUUUCAGAACUGGCAUCCUACGAAGGAAAGUUCACUGUCAAGCUGAACGUUGUCUUACAAUUUUAUUCGACGCCCUCCUGCUCCUUUACCUUUCCAAGUAUGAUCUGUACGGGGACUGGGGAAAACAUCUCAAUCCAUUCCCUGGGCUAUGCAGUUUCAGGGGG